AUGUCUUCAUUCGAUAUUCAUGCACUCCGGAGGACUACUACGUUUACCAGUAGCUCCAUUGCUGUCCCCACUAAACCAUGUCGAGCCAAUGGCAAUCCUGAAUGCCAUCGGGGCUUCGUCCGAGAACGCUGUAGAAAGUGUACUCUGGGCUCUAUCGUCUGCCAUAUGUGCUAUUCGGCGCCCUCACCUUCUUAUUUAAAACCCUCAACGUCCGCCCUGUCCCCAUCCUUGCUAUCAUCGUCAUUAGCAUUGACAACAAGAUCUCCUUGCUCUGGUCAAUACCAAGAUCUUGUACCUAUAUCUGCUCCCGUAUCAACGGCCUCAUUUAAUCCUUCUCCUACCCCACAGUCAGCUUGUUCGCCCACAUCGAUCACCUUUUCAUCCAAUAUCGCUGUAUCAACAAGAAUUAAUGGUGCUGCAGCCAACAGCUCAAAAAUGGCAUCGCCAACAGGAACAACAGUAGCAGCUUCGCCUCUUGUUCUUCCUUCAUCUUCUUCUGCAUCCCCUUCCUCCUUUCUAACGCCCUGUAUCUACUGCAAAAAUGGCCGAAAGGCUUGUGAAGAAUGCUUUGGACUGGGCUAUGUCCAACGAUUUGCCAAGAUUGUAUCGAGAAAGCCAUCGACGGCAUACUGUAAUAAUAAUGGCAGUGGUAGUGGCGAUAGCGGUGAUGAAGGGACCAGUCGUGGUCGAAAGCGUGGUUAUAGCAGGAACAACAAUAAUAGUGCAGCCUACCGAAGAAAAGCUUCUCUACCAUUGCCAACGUCUUGGAAUCAGAUGGGUGAAGGAUGGUCCAAAUUUAAAGAGCAGCUUUUGGGUACAGUAAAGGGAGCACAGGUUAGUGCGGCCGUGCAAGAACGGAAGGAACAGGAGCAGGAGCAGCAACCGAUCGACAUAUCUCCUACCAUUGCCCUCGCAAGCGUGAGCUCUGGCAUAGGUACAAGCCCUGGCACAGAUACUGACACGGCGACAACAAUAGCACAACCAAGAGCCCCAACCACGCUAACAUUCUCUGUCCCUGUGCCAGAAGCUCUCAUAGAGCAUUCACCCUCUAACCAGUUUCCUCUCCCCUUACAACAACAACAAGAGCAUAAGCUACUAUCCUACCCCGAGGCUAAAGAUUUUAAAGAAGAUGAUGAGAUCGAAGUACAGACCAAGGACUGGAUUGAUGGGAAUGGUACUUCUGAUGCGCUGAUGCUACUUUACACCCCGAAUAUGGUUGCGAUAACAGUAAGGUCAACAGUAACGGUAGUGGUAGCCGUCUCUGUCAUUCAAGGACACAGUCAAGAAACAUCUCAAAGUACCAAUUUUAUUUUCAAACAUUAACAAGCGAGCAACCAACAAAGCAAACGUGUUAAACAAUGCCAGUGAGGUCGAUGGGCAUAAUAGGCGCCGUCAAAAGAAAAAAAAAGACAAAGCAUCAUCGUCGACAGUGGUCAUUGUCACUACUUGCACCAAGUGGCCUCCUGCGUUCCAUGGCCUCAUCAGCUGCAUGAAUACGUUACAUAUACAUGUACGCCUUUUUAUGUUUUAAUCCCCGUACUCAAGUACAUGUACAUCCAUAAUAUUCUGUUUAAU